CAUUUGAGUGAGUAGAGUUCGUGGCGGUGACGGCGGGAUGAUGCACGUGGGCGCCCCCCUAUCCGCCCCUUUCUCUCUCGGCGCCUCGUCUCCUCGCGCUCGUCGCCGCGCUUCUCUUCUCCCCAAACUCACUCGCCGGCGCUCAAUCAUGGCAUCCAUGGGAGAUGAUCCAAUUCGGGAAUGGAUUCUUACAGAAGGAAAGGCUACACAGAUUACAAGAAUCAGUCCCAUUGGUGGUGGUUGCAUUAAUCAUGCAAGCCGAUAUGACACUGAUUCUGGUUCCUUCUUUGUGAAGACAAACAGAAGAAUCGGACCAUCAAUGUUUGAAGCAGAGUCCCUUGGUUUGAGUGCAAUGUAUGCCACCCAAUCAAUUCGUGUUCCUAUGCCAUAUAAGGUUGGACCUUUACCAACAGGUGGUUCUUUUAUUAUUAUGGAAUUUAUUGAAUUUGGGCCUUCCAGGGGAAGUCAGUCAGUGUUAGGAAGAAAGCUUGCAGAAAUGCAUCAAGCGGGAAAAUCUAGUAAGGGUUUUGGUUUUGAUAUUGACAACACUAUUGGCAGUACUCCCCAGAUAAACAGUUGGUCUUCAGAUUGGAUUGAAUUUUUUUCCGAGCAUAGAUUGGGGUACCAACUAAAGUUAGCAUUAGACCAAUAUGGGGACUCAGCAAUAUACGAAAAAGGUCAAAGAUUGAUGAAAAAUCUGCAACCACUUUUUGAAGGAGUUGUCAUUGAGCCAUGCUUACUCCAUGGAGACCUGUGGAGUGGUAAUAUCAGCUCUGACAAGAAUGGGGAUCCUGUUAUAUUGGAUCCAGCAUGUUACUAUGGUCACCCUGAGGCAGAAUUUGGAAUGUCAUGGUGUGCAGGAUUUGGAGGAGCCUUCUAUUCGUCCUACUUUGAGGUGAUGCCAAAACAGCCAGGCUUCGAGAAGAGGAGGGAUCUCUACAUGCUCUACCAUUACUUGAAUCACUACAAUCUAUUUGGUUCCGGGUAUCGCUCAUCAGCUAUGUCGAUCAUAGAUGACUACUUGAGGAUGCUCGAAGUGUAGAUUCUCCCACUGAACCAUGGAA